AUGGUCGGACUACGAAACCAGAGUCAUGCAUUAGACUCCGAGAGUGGUGGUCUUCGACAGAGCGAGCUUUGGGUUGAAGCAAAUCUUUUCCUAGUCGCAACUGUAGAUACCGUAAAAACAGUACUCUGUGCCGUUUUCUUCUACCUCUCACGUAACGACGGCUGCUACAAGAAACUAGUGCAUGAGAUUAGAUCCACCUUUACAGUUGGGAGUGAGAUCCGGGGACCGGCUUUGACAACUUGUCAUUACCUCCAGGCCUACACUGAUGAAGCUCUACGGGUGUCCCCACCUGCCUCUGGGGUUCUCUGGAAAUGCCUUCACGGCGCUGGUGAUCAACCUUUCAUUGUCGACGAGCACAUAAUCCCUCAGGGUACUGUAGCGGGCACCAUGCGUGACGCCUUCGCUGUGGAAUACUCGGAAGUUUCUAUCACAGUUGCUAAAACGCUGUGGUAUUUCGACUUCAGACGCGCGACGGGUAGCCUCGGCGAAAUAGGGGCUGGAGCACUAGGGGUGGGUUAG